AUGGUUCCGGUACGAAAUAGAAAGCUUUUACUACUGACUGGUACCAUCACUGGUUCUUUUUACGUCUCCUUGAUUUUAAUUAACUUUCAUUUUACAUAUAAACAUUCGAUAUUAACGAUGAAUACAGUAACCUUGGAUGCUAAUAAUGAGACGCGAAUAAGUAUAUGCAUGAUGGUGCCUGUUACUAGUAGAAAUAUUCCUUACAAUAGAUCAUUGGGUAUCGGUUUAUUGAACCAGCCAUUGGUGAGAGCUUUUCUGCCAUCCAUAUUUAGUACUGCUGAAUCAAAGUAUAACUAUGAUUUGUAUAUUGGUUAUGAUUAUGGUGAUGUGUGGUAUGAUAACGUUAGCAAUUGGCAACAGCUGCUUAUAUUUAUCGAACACCUUCGGCGCAAUAACAGCCAAUCGAAUAACCUGCAUAUUAGAGUGAAGCCUUUGAUACUGUAUGCAACAGAGCAACGUCUUACUGCUAUGUAUAAUACGAUUGCGGCGGCUGGAUAUAGGGAUCGUUGCGACUACUUCUAUCCAGCCAAUGAUGAUUUGCAAAUAAGAAGCUAUGGAUGGACAACUGCUGCCAUACAAAGCCUAAAUAGUUGUCACGUGGCUAAGGAUUUCGGAGCUGUUACAUUCAAAGACAUUACCCUAUGCCGAUAUCCAACCUUUAAUCUCGUUCAUCGCACACACUUAGAUCUACACGAAGGUGUUUAUUAUCCAGUACCUUCACACGGAGCGCAUCAAGAUUUGUGGAUCUUUGGAUUAUAUGAAUUAUGGCAGUGUUCAUUCUAUCUUUCUGAACAUCAAGUUGCUAACCAUGUUGGCAUAGGUUUAAACACACGUUACAAAAGCUACAAAGUCUACCACAUCUGUAUAAUCAAUCAUUUAUUAACUCAUCUCAAAUAG